CACGCCUGCGUUGGCUGAGUAGAGCUCUUUAAAUACAGCAACCCUGAGUUGUUUGACUACUUCACUUACAAGUGUGUUCCUGUUGUCGUUUGAUCGGUGUUUUCUGGCAGUGCCUACGCGGCAAUCAGCUGCCGAUUGGAAGAAUUUGUUUUGUGUCAUCACUCCACACACGAUGAAGUUUCUCAUUCUGUUGUGUCUUCUCGUCUCUGUUCUCGCAGAUGAUGCAAAGAAAGAGGCAACCACAAAAAACCCUUCUAAACCAACAUCUGCUCCAUCUAAUCCGUCCGACAAGCCUCAAUCAUUUCAGCAUCAAUCUUCUCUCAAAGAUAACGCAAAUCAACACAUAGAUUCGGAGCAAGAUGCCAGUUUCGCCAAUACUUCUGAGGAGUAUCGACAACUGAGCUCUGAAGAAGUUAAGCAAUUACUUCUGAAGGUGGUGGAUGAGAAUAUUGAUAAAGACAAAGAUGGCUAUGUCACAGCCGAUGAAUUAAAGGAAUGGCUGCGGAUUUUGCAAGAAAAAGUAAUACAGGAUAAUGUCAACCGACAAUGGGCGUAUUACAGUCCACAAACAGAGGACGUUUUAUCUUGGGAAGGAUAUUAUCCAGAACAAAAACAAGUUGUCACUUGGGAGAGAUAUUUAAAUUACACUUAUCCCGAUGAAGCUUUAAAAGAAGGCGAACCUAAAACCGAGGAAAUGAAAGAGUUGAAAGACAUGAUCCGCCGAGCGGAGCGUCGAUGGAAGAAUGCUGAUGUGGAUGGAGAUGGCAGCUUAUCUAAACAAGAAUUCAGGGAUUUUAUUCAUCCUGAAGAAUCCCAGAGAGCUGGCGGAGUUGCUGUCCUUGAAGCUAUGGAAGACAUGGAUUUGGAUAAGAACAACGAAGUCUCCCUUGAAGAAUAUAUGACUCAUCUUAACAAGGUAUCCGGUGAAGAAAAGGAAGAUCCUAACUGGGCUGCCGCUCAGCAAGGACAUUUCACAAAUUUCUUGGACCGUGACAAGGAUGGUAGUUUAAAUGAAGCAGAAAUGCGAGAGUGGGUAGUGCCGACUUAUGAUAGAAGUGAAGCUGAAGCUUGGCGGUUAAUUUCCAUUGCAGAUCAGGACCAAGACACCAAACUUAGUCGGAAGGAUAUUGAAGAUUACCACGAAUAUUUCCUAACUCUCCUGCCUCCUGAAUACUGGGUACAAGAAGAUCCUACUGAAUCUUCUCGACACGACGAAUUCUAAUCUAUUUUACUGGGCCUUUUCUAUCUUUAAAACUUUUCAUCUCGUUUAAUACUCGUACGCAUUCAUUUUCUUCUAAUAAAUUCUGAUCUGUUAUAUUCCUAUCGAAAGCUAUUUCAUAUACGCACAACUGCAUCUGUCCUUUCAAUUGCGACUUUAGGUGUACUUCUGGAUUUCUGCCUUUCCUCUUAACGACUGGUCUCGAGAAUCUGAAGAUUUUGGAUAAGAUUUUAACACAUACUUCCACCUAUAAAUCUUGGGGCAGUUUCAUGUUAAUUUCGUCUUAAGUUAAACAUGAUGGAAUUUGUAAAUAUUUUUGUUAUAUUUGUGAUGCAAAAACAUUUGUGUAGUUUAUUACGGGAUUGUGUUCCUAGAAGAGGCUAUAGAAUUGACAUUCCUUCUGUAAAGUUUGCAACUUAACGGAUUUGCUCAGCGUUGAAUUUGUACAAAAGUUCUUAGAAUUGUUCAUAUAAGUGUUUAUACAAUGACAUAUUUUUAGAAUGUGAUUUUUGGUGAUUUUGAAUCCAAGUGUAGAUUUUCUAUAUAAAUAAAAAUUUAUUUGAAAUCUA